UAGUGUUGGCAGUGUUGGCAUCACUGGCAUCGCUGUCAUUAUCAUCAACUUUCUCAACAAAUGACAGUGAGCCCCAGAGGAAUGGGAUAUGGAGUAUGAGAAGCUCAUUGCUUGAUAAUAGAGCAGUAAAUGUUACUCAAGUAUCAUCUCAAUCAUCAUCACCAUUGGUACCAUCAGCUCAACAACAACCACAACAACAGCAAUGCAAGAGUUUGCUUGAGUUUCAGUGCGAUAACGGAAAGUGCGUGACUUUAAGCCGUUAUUGUGAUGGCAGUGAUGACUGCGGCGACCAAAGCGAUGAACCCAUUGCCUGCACCAAUUGCAACCGAACCCUAUAUGGAGAGGUGGGUCACAAAUAUCCGUUCCGACUAAACGAACCCUUUCAGCGGUUUCAGCCAUUUGUUUGUCGCGUGACAUUUGCGGCGGCCGGCCAUCAGUUUGGAGAUAUCAUUGAACUAACGUUCCUAUCGUUUCAAAUUGGACAGUUUGAAGUGGGAAAAAAUCAAAGCGCCGGCUGUUAUUCAGGUCAUGUAAUAAUAGAAGAGCUCAACGAUACCUCACAACUGACUCAAACUAAAUACCGAUUCUCACAGUCGUUGUCGACAUCGAGAGACUUUAGAGUACAAUCUAGUCGUGACUAUAAGCUAACGCUUGAUGAGGACGUCGACGAGUUUACCACAAAACAGAUAAUAAGCUCAAGUAUUGACAGCUCAGACCUACCACAGUUUGGCAGGUUUUGUGGACAAAUGACGGUUCGGAGUGCAACCUAUUUUAGUGAAGGCAAUAACGUUAGUCUUGUUAUAUACGUUCCCAGUCGGGCAUCGGUUGUCGUCAACUCAUUUAGCCUAUAUUUAACGUACAAAUUCCUGCCCUUACGACCAGCCAUAACACGGUUUGGACCGCCGAGUGAUCCCUAUGAAUUGGGCUCAAAAAUAAAGGAAACAUAUUGUGAUUAUAUGUUUGACGACUGUUCGGCCAACAAGAAGUGCAAAAUCCGGAGUCCCAAUUGGCCCGGAUUUUACAACAGAAACAUUACAUGCAAAUACUAUAUUACACAUUACGCUCCCAUUCCUCCCGGAUAUAGGGCUAAAAUUGUUAUAUCACAGAAUAAUGAAUAUAAGAUAUCGCUAUACACUGGCUUUAGUAGCAGUCAAUCCAACGAUCACUUGACAUCGACAUCACUGCAAUCAGACUGUCCAUCGGAUGUCAUCCGCAUAUAUGACGGCUUAACGACUGAAUCUCCUGUUUUGAUUGAAUUUUGUGGGUCAGGAGUGUUGCCUUCAAUAAUAACGAGUCGACCGGAAAUGUUAGUAGUGUUGAGGAGUGCCUCCAAUCAAAUAUUGCAUAACUCAAGACUAGAGCUGAACGUUGCACUUAAAUUAGAGAAAGUGCACGACUCGGCCAUUAGUGGUGAGCGCACCGGUAUCUGUGACUUUGUCUUUGACGGCUCUAAGAUUAGAAGCGGACUAAUAGAGAUACCAAAGCACUCAAUACCAGCAAAUACUACGUGUACUUAUAAGUUAGUUUCACCAAACACUUGGGAUCGCAUUUGGAUUUACUUCAUGUCUUAUUUCAUUCAAGACCGACAUCAUUGGUCAAGUGAAGAGUUCUGUGAUGUUAGCAAACUUGAGAUUUAUGACUCUAUGAUUAGCAGUCAUCCCAUUAAUGACACCAUUAAAGUGCAUCAAACAAAUAAAAAGCACAAACAUUACAGUUAUUGUGAGAAAACGUCUCCAAAGAUCUGCGGCCGAGCGGCUGAUGCCAACCAUUAUCUACCAUAUAAUCCGUGUACAUAUCCUAAUGAAAGUUACUUAUCCUACGGCUCUGAGCUCACCAUUAAACACGAAUAUUACAAAUACUAUGACUUUUAUGUCAAACGGGCCUCAUUUGCGGCCAGAUUUGAGUUUAUAGAUACUCGUCAAUUGGGACAACCUAUUGAUGAUCAACUCUGUGAUCGACUUUUCAAUAGUGAGGGUAAAUAUUUUAAGGGAACUUUUGGUUCACCAAAAAACCUCUUUCUGUUUGGUAGAGGGGGUCGGGAAAACAUAUCUUGUAAUUAUUACUUUAAGGGAACCACUAAACAAAGGGUGCGAAUCAUACUUCACACGAUUCGUAUGCAAUCCUUGUCUUGUGAACAGAUUUUUGAUCCCUUAACUAAUCAAUAUGAGUGCCGUGUCUUUCAAAAUAACAAUUACAGUCCAAAAGUGGCUCUUCUUACUGUGUAUGACAACAUGUCGUCCAAACGCAUCAAAGUUGGAUGUCUUUGCAAUCUUAUGCUUCAGAGUAAAUCUCAGUCAGUGAUGGACACCAGUCGUUACAAACAACAACAACAACCCAACCAACACAUAGUGUUUGAUUUGCUCUCAUCUGAUAUUUUUGUCAAUUUUUCUGUGACCCGAAUGUCACCCUUUGAAGACUUCAAUGACUAUGGCUUUGAGGCGUCGUUUGAAUAUUUGCCGUCUUAUGACUGCAACUCCGGGGGUUUGGUUCAGAGGAGGAAUGGCAGUGAAGGAGAUCUUCAAUAUUCAGUGCCUCAAACAUAUAAUAUCAUACGUGACGGACCACUUAAGUGCAGAUGGAUUAUUGAGGCCUCGUUUGGCAAACAUUUGUUCCUCAAAUUUAAAGGCCAUUUGGCUGUCACUGAAAACGAUGAGUGUCUCGAUUCAAACCGAUUUGUUGUAUAUACGGGUGAACCGAGACAUGCAAUUGCAACGGUCUGUACCAAUCGAGCUAACAGUGCCGCCAACGCUAACACUGAUGGCAAUCAAGUGGAAGAGUUUGACCUAUUUUCCACCUCCUGGUACAACCAAACGGACAGUUUCACAACAUUUACUGCCAAUAAUCUAUACAACAAUUACUCUGAGAGCAGAGUCUUUGUUGAGAUAAUAGCCACAGAAUUUGGAUCAUUUAGUAUGCGAUGGCUUGAAGUAAUCAAACCAUUUCUUAGGACUCAAACGGGAAAAACAAUGCGAAACAUCAACUGUAAAGUCGAGUGCCCGGAGAUUAAUGCCUGCAUUAGUGAUGAACUUUUAUGUGACGGCAUAUCUCACUGUCCCUCCAGUUAUGAUGAAAAUCCACAAUUUUGUAAUAAGUUUCCCACACUAUAUGUUGUGGCCAUUAGUUUGCUGGUCAUCUCAAGUCUACUGAUUAUCUUAAUUGUGAUAACAAUCUAUAGAUUUCAAGGUAAACGCCGCUUAAGGCUAAACCAAUCAAAUCACAGCUCAAAUAAUAGUCAAUAUAAUCAACACGAGUCUGAUUACAUGGAAUACCCGGAAUACCCGCGAAUGGCCACUGAACUCAACUUUAGGACAGUACACGACUGCCAUCGCAUCCAAUAUACUGACAAUAAUGGUAUGCCAUUAGAGAUCACCCGUUCAUAUGUGCCAUACUAUCACAAUAAUGUAUUUUAAUUUAAGUUAUACAACAUAACAGACAAAUAGACAACAAAAAGUUUGAUUGUAUUUGUUAUAC